AUAUUAUUAUAACCCGCGAAAACUGUAAAUAAGACGCGGCAGGCCAGCCUGAAGUGUAAUAGCAUACUGAGACGUGAGUGUGUGACAGUUCAUUCCGAGGCUACCCAAGGAACUGAGUGGCAAGGCUUGUGGUGGCACUAGUGACGGUGACGUGGCUGACACACUGAAAGCGCUAUGCUGACACGCUAGCCAUCAACUGACUAUGAUUACAGAAGUAAGACUUUCCAAAACGUUUAUGGUUGAAUGCCGGAAAAUGAGAACCUGAAACAGUUAAGGGCUUAAAAGAAGAUCGGGGAGGGUGAUCUUAGAAAGCAUAACAGGUCCAAAGGAGAAGCAGUAAAGAUGGAAGACUGAGAACCAUGGAAACCUGAACAUCCUGUCAUUUGACCUGCAAGCUCCGCCUGCGUAGCAUGCCCAAAGGAGAAGCAAUAAGAUGAAAGACUUGGAACCAAGUCUGAAAAUCUUGUCAUCCGACCUGUAAGACCCGCCUGCGUUACAGCUCCAAAGGGAAAACUAAGGUGGAAGACUUGGAACCAAGUUUGAACAUCCAUUUUUUUUUUUUUUUUUUAUGUAGGAAGGACACCUUCAAGCCUUGCCUGCGUAACAGAUCUAAAAGAGAAGCAGUAAAGGUGAAAGACCUGAACGUCCAGUCAUCUGACCUGAAGCCCUGUCCAGCAUGAAAAAGCACCACACCGCUCGGAAACAGCCAAUCAACAACAAGGAUGUGCCAGAUAGGUAGCUGCCACGAUGAAUUCCUAUCAUAACCUGUCAAGAUUCAUUUUACUUUUUUUUUCUUCGAACUUUUUCUUAGCUUUUAAGCCACCACUAGCAGACCUGAGUGGUUCCUGAAAUCCCAGUUUGACCUUCAAGACACUCAAGCACACUAGACUCCUCCUCCAGUGGACAGGAUAGUUCACCAGAGUCUAACAAGGACCACUAGAGGCUGUGGCACUACAGCCUGCAUGGCCCCCUCAAAUCCUCAACAACAACAACAACCUACAUUCUCUUAUUAACAUUUAAUAUGCGACGCAGUCUUGCUCCAAGCCAGCUUCACAAAAGGAGUCUUGAUUGCAAUCAGCCUCUCAAGAGGAAGAAGGUGUUAGAAGAUGAGGACAGUGACUCCCAGGACAGGACUCCCCUGUCAGCAAUCAACAAUACUCUCCCCUCUGCAAGACCAACAUCCUCACAUGAAGCUUUUAUACGAAAAAUCUUAGCCAAGCCCUUCAAGAUUCCCAUUGCCAACUAUGUGAGUCAGGGCCACCGUGGUCUGGGUGUGCGGCGCAGUGGAGUGCGGCAGCCCCUACACGACCCUGACGAGCCUGAUGCCCUGGUGCUCUACCGACCCAAGGAACUCUCCGCUCAUGAGAAGAUGACAGUCAACACGGAGAAACUGGAGGUGGCUGUGGUGGUGGACCCAAUGUUAUCUGCUGUCCUGCGGCCUCAUCAGCGAGAGGGAGUGAAAUUCAUGUAUGAGUGUGUUACCGGGAAGAGGAUUGAUGACAACUAUGGCUGUAUCAUGGCAGAUGAAAUGGGGCUGGGGAAAACCUUGCAGUGCAUCACCCUCAUGUGGACACUCCUCCGCCAAAGCCCAGACUGCCGCCCGACCAUAGAGAAGACUGUGAUUGUUGCACCUUCUAGUUUAGUUAAGAACUGGUAUAAUGAAAUAAAUAAAUGGCUCAAGGGCAAGUUAAAUGCCCUAGCCAUUGACUCCGGAACAAAAACAGAAAUUGACUCCAAGUUGAAGGGAUUCAUGUCAACAUUUGGCCGUCGCCCCGUUAACCCAGUGCUCAUUAUAUCGUAUGAGACGUUUCGCCUGCAUGCCCACGUUCUGCAUCAGGGCGAGGUGGGGCUGGUGCUGUGUGAUGAGGGUCACAGACUGAAAAACUGUGAAAACCAGACCUACCAGGCACUGAUGGGGCUGAAGGCCAAGCGUCGGGUGCUGCUUUCAGGGACUCCAAUUCAAAAUGAUCUCCUGGAGUACUUUUCACUGCUGCACUUUGUCAAUGCUGGCAUCCUUGGCACUGCACAGGAAUUCAGGAAGAAAUAUGAGAGAGUGAUCUUGAGGAGCCGGGAUGCAGACGCUUCAGACAAAGAUCAUGAGUUAGGAAAAGAAAGAUUGGAUGAGCUAAUCUCUAUUGUGAGCAGAUGUAUCAUUCGCCGAACCAACGACAUCCUCUCGAAGUACCUGCCAGUGAAGAUAGAGCAUGUGGUGUGCUGUCCCCUCACUACAGUGCAGAAGGAUAUGUACCAUGCCUUCAUCACUUCCUCAGCAGUCAAGAAGCAGCUCUCAGAUGGUGAUGGUCGCUUGGGAAACACUGCUCUGGCAGCAAUAACCAGCAUGAAGAAGUUGUGUAAUCAUCCUGAUCUGCUGUGGGAGAAGGUCAAGGCUCAUGAACCUGGAUAUGCUGACUUGGAGAAGUUUUUCCCACCAGGCCAUGAUCCCCGGAACCUGCAUCCAGAGUUGUCAGGGAAAGUUGCUGUUCUGGAUGCAAUUUUAGCUUUGAUCCGUAGUUCUUCUGAUGACAAGGUUGUGCUGAUCUCAAACUAUACUCAAACUCUAGAUCUUUUUCAACAACUGGCAGCAUUGAGAAGGUAUCCAUUUGUGAGACUGGAUGGCUCCAUGUCCAUCAAGAAGAGAGCUAAGAUUGUAGAGAAAUUCAAUGAUCCCUGUGGAGGAGACUUCAUCUUCAUGCUGAGCAGUAAGGCAGGAGGCUGUGGCCUCAAUCUGAUUGGUGCCAACCGCCUGGUGAUGUUUGACCCAGACUGGAACCCUGCUAAUGAUGAGCAAGCCAUGGCAAGGGUGUGGCGGGAUGGCCAAAAGAAAAACUGUUACAUAUAUCGUCUUCUUGCAACUGGGAGUAUUGAAGAGAAGAUCUUCCAGCGACAAGCCCACAAAAAAGCUUUGAGCAGCUGUGUUGUGGACUACGAAGAAGAUGUUCAGCGACACUUCUCAGUGUCAGAGUUGCGUGAGCUUUUCAUCCUCAACACCAACACUGCCUCAGACACUCAUGACAAAUUCAGGUGUCGCCGGUGUCUUAAUGGGAUCCAGAUGCAGCCUCCACCUGAGAGUGCCGACUGCACCAGUGAUUUAUCUUUGUGGCAUCACUGCCAGAAUAAGAAGGGUCUUCAGGAUAGAGUUAUUUAUCAGUGUUGGCCUGCUGGGAUAUCUUUUGUCUUUCACCAGAGAUCACAUGAACAGAAAACUAUACCCUGAUUUGUAUUUCCUAAGUAUGAGAAACUUAGGGUUGACUAGUGUCAUGAAAAAUAAACAAAACAAAAAAAUCCAUAGACUGUGAUGAAAUACUGAUCAUAAUCCUCAGUCCUUUAUACCUUUGUUUCAUAGUAAAUAACAUUUUGUAACAAAAAACACUAAUUUUAUAUCUCAAAAUUAGAGACUAGAUAUUUUUUAAAAUAUUUUAUAUUCUA